AUGGCAAAGCUCUGCAAAGAAAAUGAAGGAAAGCUAGAAAAUGAAGUAAACCUGGAAAAUGAGGACAAGCCAGAAGAAGAAGUAGAUACAGAAGAGGAAGGGAAGCCAGAAGAGGAAAAGUCGGAAGUGGAGGGGAAGCCAGAAUCCCAGGGACCGCUAGAUGAUGAGGGCGAGCCAGAGGCUGAGGGCCAGCCAGAGGGAAAGAAAGAAAAGCAGGGCAAGGCAGCGGGUGAGGGGGAACCGCGAGGUGAGGGCAAGCUGAAGCCUGGGGCAAAGCCAGAGGGCGAGCCCCGGGCCGCCGAGAAGCGCCCAGCUGAAGAUUACGUGCCCCGGAAAGCAAAGAGGAAAACGGACAGGGGGACGGAUGAUUCCCCCAGGGACUAUCAGGAGGACUUACACGAAAGGCACUUGAGCAGUGAGGAGGUGAUGAGAGAAUGUGGUGACAUGUCAAGGGCCCAGGAGGAGCUGAGGAAAAAACAGAAAAUGGGUGGUUUCCAUUGGAUGCAAAGAGAUGUUCAGGAUCCCUUUCCCUCAAGGGGUCAGCGGGGAGUCAGAGGAGUGAGGGGCGGAGGUAGGGGCCAAAGGGGCUUAGAUGAUGUCCCUUACGUUUAA